AUGUUAGGUGGCUUUGGUGCUUUUAGUUCAAACAACCCUUCUUCAAAUAACGGUUCACAACAAUUCAAUACUAUGGGAAGUACUGGUAACUCAAUACCUAACAUGGGAACAAACUCAUUUGGAGGAAAUGGAUUAGGUACAAAUACAAUGGGAGGAAAUACAUUUGGAACAAACCCAUUAGGAGGAAAUGGAUUAAGUACAAAUGCGUUUGGAGGAAAUACAUUUGGAACAAACUCAUUAGGAGGAAAUGGAUUAAGUACAAAUACAAUGGGAGGAAAUGGAUUAGGCACAAAUACUUUUGGAGGAAAUGGAUUAGGCACAAAUACUUUUGGAGGAAAUGGAUUAGGAACAAACAUGAUUGGAGGAAAUGGAUUAGGUACAAACUCAUUAGGAGGAAAUGGAUUAGGUACAAAUACAAUGGGAGGAAAUACAUUUGGAACAAACUCAUUAGGAGGAAAUACAUUUGGAACAAACUCAUUAGGAGGAAAUGGAUUAGGAACAAACGUGAUGGGUGGAAAUGGAUUAGGAACAAACAUGAUGGGAGGAAAUACAUUUGGAACAAAUGGACAAGGAACAAACACAGGAAUAGGAACACCCACACCACAAGAUUUUACUAAAUCACGAUUUCCAACAGAGAGUAUUAAAAACAGAGAGUCAAUUCAAAUUAUUCCAGAAAGUAAUAAAAUCAAAAGAGAAAAGAAGAAACAAGAAGUUACAACACCAACUAUAAUUAAUGAAACAAAUGAAAACAAGUCAAAAUUAGAUGAUGUAUUUGAUCUUUCUAGGAAAAACACAACAAACGAACAACCACUUUUCUUAAGACGAUUUAACCAAACAUUUAAUUCACCAUAUAGAAGGAAUGGAAUGGUACCGUUAAUACGUCCUUCAUAUAUUAAUAAUUCAACACAAAGACAAUCAAUUUAUUCAUGUAAUCCCAUAGGAACAUUAAAUCCAAGUUAUAAUUGUAAUAUCAACAAUAGCAUAGUGACUUCCAUUCCUGGAAAUAUUUCAAGAAAUAGUAUUUUACCAAAUACAACUAUAAACAACCAAACAAGUAUUCUUUUUAAUAACAAUCAACAAUCUGUAUUAUAUGGACUUAAUCAAGGAAAUAAUUCUAUAUUAUCAAAUAGUCCAAUAGUGCAAAAUAUAAAAGAAUAUGCUAUUAUUUUAUCUAACUUAACAAUUCAAGACACACCAUUAAUUAUAAAUGUAUUGUCUCAAUUUGGAGUUAUUGUUAAUGUUAUUGAAUGGAAAAAUGGAGUUAAAGUGAUAUUUGCAGAUGAGACAGUUGUUAAUUAUUUAAUUGAUAUGAAAAAAAUAAUGAUCGCAGGAAAAAUGUGUUACAUCAGUGAUCCAAAUGAAUCAUUCUUAUUAAAACUCUUUGAUGGACAAACAUGGAAAAGUUUAUUUUCUAAUUUAUUUAAUUUCCUUCAUUCAAUUUGGAAUUAA